CUAGCGGAGCUCUGCUGUUUGGAUUAAGAGUUCACGACUGAUAGAGUAAAGAUGGCUCGCAGAAAGUCGAAGAGAAAGCCUCCUCCUAAGAAAAAAAUGACGGGGAAUCUGGACACCCAGUUCACCUGCCCCUUCUGUAACCACGAGAAGUCCUGUGAUGUGAAAAUGGAAAGAAGCCGAAACACAGGGAUUAUAUCUUGUACUGUGUGCUUGGAGGAGUUCCAGACACCCAUAACCUAUCUCUCUGAACCGGUGGACGUGUACAGCGACUGGAUUGAUGCUUGUGAAGCAGCCAAUCAGUAGCUCCUCUUUUAUGGUCAGAAGUUAAGGAUGGCAGAGACGUCUGAUGCCCUGAUAUCUAAGAAGAAUCUUUAUUUUAAAUUCAUAAUAUUAUCUGAGAUCAUUUGGUCUUUCCUGGGAAUAUAGAAAUGUGGGACAUUUUGUUCAGUCCCUAGUUAGCCAUCCUUAUGCUCCCAGUUAUCUUGUGUUAAAUGUUGCGUGAUGUGUAUAAACAGAUUAUGUGUAGACUAUUAUUUCUGAAUCAGUAGCUGGUUGGUUUGUUUGCUUAUCAGUAUCUAUCCUUAAAUGAUGUGUAAUUCUAUUUGUUUUCAGGACUUUUGUUGUAGAUUUAGAUUUUAUAUAAUGUAAUGAUUGGGUCAUUUAAUUUCAAUAAAUUUGUCGCAGAGGUUUUGA